UAGUCCAAUUAUAGUGGUUGAUGGCAGUGAGUACCGAUGAAAUCUGGCCUCGAGUCAUGCCUAAUGGGGCUCAUCUGAACAGACAAACACCCCAAACUGAAGGACCCUAUGGCCUGUGUAAAAGAGUGGAAAUAUUACAUCUUUGGUCCAUUUCCAGUCGGCAGGAGUGCGUAGAUUCGUUUCGGAGCGGCCUAAAAAAUGGAUGUGCGGUGAACUGA